UCAGGGUUGCUUACGCUGUUGUUGAUUAUGGUUCAAUAUAUCAUCUUCAACUAGUUUCCACAAAUCUGAAGGACCCAAAAGGUCCUUGAAUUGUAUACACAACAUAUCAUAUUUUGAUCAUGAUGCUUUGUCCUUCGGCCCUUGUCAAUCACGUAGUCUUUCAUUAGAAUUCAUCAUAUAAAAUCUGGUUGUCAAGAUAAAAAAAAGAGAUAGGGAGAGAACUGAUUCAUUCGACUUCUCAUUUGUGUGUGGCCUCUUCUUCUAGAGAGUGCUGAGGGAAAAGAUUGGGUGGAUGGGAGAAAGUACUCAUCAGAAGAUGAGAUUAAGAGUUGUAAGAAAUUACAUAUAUCAAAAAACAAAAAAACACUGUAUACUGUAAUCAGUGAGUAGUUGAACAGGAAGUGCAUCUGAAAAAAACAAUGUUGUUUUUGUUUUCUUGUGUUAAUUGUCAAUGGUGGGUGGUGGCUGGGGGAAGUUGCAGCUAAAUUCCCUAAAAUGUCAUGCACUAUUAUACUAUCACAGGUACCUAACAAAUGUUUAUUUUUUAACACAUUUUAAGCACACGCUGUACAAGUAACCGCGGAGGAAGACAAAGUACCCUGCCUCCCUCUGUUGCCUAUAAAAACCUCUCCUCUCUCUUGACCGUCUAUUGCCUGAUUGCCUCCUAAAUCAUAUCUUUUACAAUUUAACAUCACACACCCCCACCCCCACAAGAACAUGAUGAUGAAUGGCCAAAAAAUGGCAGCACCAGAGGUGGCAGUGCAGCUGCCUGAGUCAAAGAUGGUGGCUGAGAACACAAGGGGGCCCUUUGUAGGUGCUUCCGGAGGGGGAGCGGCAGCUGCUAUGAGGCCUUUUGGCCGGAAAACUGAAGUUAUGAACGUGUUACUAAGGGUGUUGUGCAUGGUGACAUCUGUUGCAGCUCUGUCCUUCAUGGUCACAGCCCAACAGUCCAGUACCGUCUCCAUCUAUGGCUUCAUGCUCCCUAUUCAAUCUAAGUGGUCCUUCUCUCACUCAUUUGAAUAUGUGGUUGGAGUCUCUGCAGUUGUUGCAGCGCACUCAUUGCUGCAACUGCUGAUCAGCUUUCCAAGGUUGCUUAGAAAAUCUCCGGUGAUUCAAUCAAGAACUCACGCAUGGCUUCUUUUUGCAGGAGAUCAGGUAUUUGCAUAUGCAACAAUAAGCGCUGGGGCAGCUGCAUCAGGAGUCACCAACCUCAAUCGCACUGGAAUCCGACACACAGCUUUGCCAAAUUUCUGCAAGCCUCUGCGGAGCUUCUGUGACCAUGUUGCUGUCUCUAUUUUCUUCACUUUCUUGAGCUGCUUCUUGCUUGCUGCAUCUGCUGUUCAGGAAGUCAUAUGGCUCUCCAGAUCCAAGUAUUGAAGAUCUUUGCCUUUCGAUAUACUUGUUGUUAUCCUUCCUGGACAAGCACGGCUUCUACGAAAUAAGGGUUUAUCCUUCAAUUAAUUCCAGUGAUAUCUUCUAUCAUUACUGGAAGUUUUGUGAUCAUGGCACUUUAACCCUUUGUAAAUAACAAGGACUUGUCUAUUUUGUUAUUGCACUACCAUGCGUGUCUCACUUUUAGAGCCAUUUAUGACCAGCUUCUUUCGAAA